AUGGCUUAUAGCUGUCUUUCUUGGUCAGUUUUAUCUAAUUCUUUUUGCAUCAGUUUCAAUAUCUACCUUAUUUGGCUUAUAGCUGUCUUUUCUUGUUUCAAUAUCUACCUUAUUUGGCUUAUAGAUGUCUUUCUUGGUCUGUUUUAUCUAAUUCUUUUGAAUCAGUUUCAAUAUUCACCUUAUUUGGCUUAUAGCUGUCUUUCUUGGUCUGUUUUAUCUAAUUCUUUUUGCAUCAGUUUCAAUAUCCUCCUUAUUUGGCUUAUAGCUGUCUUUCUUGGUCUGUUUUAUCUAAUUCUUUUUGCAUCAGUUUCAAUAUUCUCCUUAUUUGGCUUAUAUAAUAUAAUCGCUGUCUUUCUUGGUCUCUGUCUUUCUUGGUCUGUUUUAUCUAAUUCUUUUUGCAUCAGUUUCAAUAUCCUCCUUAUUUGGCUUAUAGCUGUCUUUCUUGUUUUAUCUAAUACUUUUUGCAUCAGUUUCAAUAUCUACCUUAUUUGGCUUAUAGCUGUCUUUCUUGGUCUGUUUUAUCUAAUUCUUUUUGCAUCAGUUUCAAUAUUCUCCUUAUUUGGCUUACAGCUGUCUUGGUCUGUUUUAUAUAAUUCUUUUUGCAUCAGUUUCAAUAUCCUCCUUAUUUGGCUUAUAGCUGUCUUUCUUGGUCAGUUUUAUCUGAUUCUUUUUGCAUCAGUUUCAAUAUCCUCCAUAUUUGGCUUACAGCUGUCUUUCUUGCCUCUCUUUCUUUUUCUCUUGUUUUUUUUUUUAUUUCUUUUUUUCUCUUGUUUUUUUUUAAAAGCUUUUUUUUUUUCUCUUGUUUUUUUAGCCUCUCUUUCUUUUUCUCAUUUUUUCAUACCUCUCUUUCUUUCUCUCUUGUUUUUUCAUACCUCUCUUUCUUUCUCUCUUGUUUUUUUUCUCACCUCUUUCUUUCUCUCUUGUUUUUUUUUAACCCUUUUUCUUUGUUUUUUUUUUUUUUCUCACCUCUUUUUCUCUUGUUUUUUUUUUCUCACCUUUUUCUUCUCUCUUUGUUUUUUUAUCACCUCUUUCUUUCUGGUUUUUUCUUUCUUUUUAUGA